UGAUGUUGCAUUGCAACGUCACUAGUUUCGGCGCGCUUAGAGGGUAUUUCAGAGUUUACGCUACGCGAUGACGUUGUGCUUCAAGCUUCUCUUGUGGGCAUACCUCGUGGUUUUGGCAGCUUCUGACAGUGCAGACAAUGUCAGACUUGCAGUCUCAAAAGAAAUACUAAAUGAAUUCAUUUUCGAAGAGAAGGAGAUGACUAUCUUGUAUACAAUUUACAACUUCCACGAGUCGCGACCUGCAAGAGACGUUGAACUGUUUGACGUUUUUUCUGAGACUGAGUUCACACAAAUUCACGGAAGCCCUUCCGCUCGUUGGUCCAUAAUACCUGCUGCAUCAAAUGUCACACAUGCCUUGGUCCUCGUGCCACAAAUAAGUGGUGUUCACAACUUUUCCAGUGCUACAGUCACUUACAAGUCCAAUGACCUACAAGGAAAUGUUCUGUUGCACACUUCUGCGCCUGGUCUAAUUACGAUCCACAAAGUGAAAGAGUACAACAAGCGUUUCGCUUCUCAUACGCUCGUCCCUAAUUUCAACAAAGAAGCCUGAACAUAACGCACGUAAAAGAAUGAAAUGCCACUAAACAACCGGUUGCAGUCCUAUGCAGUUGGCAGUGAGCCAUACCUAUUGUGUGAGGAUUAGUGAUACUACAUGGCUGCCAAGACCUCAGUCACCCAUUGGUUGGAAGUCGAGCACCUCGGCUGAUAAGCUACAACUCCAUUAACUCAUAAACUCUUAUGUAGAAGAUUAAUUUGUAUUUAAGACUCAUAUAGAUUAUUUGUUAAGACUUACAUAUUCGAAUCUCUCCUGUCUUGCACUUUUCAUCUAAUUACACACUGCUCUAAAUUUCCACAUUGCUCUAGUACAUACAUCCAUAUUUCUAUUCACAAAGUUUUGAGGCAGUUGCAGUUUGAGUAUUUUUAGUCCAUAGCAAUGUAGCUGGUUAGCUUGUACAAUUAACCGAAAAAGUGAAUUUCGGAUUGUAACUUUGAUCAAAUUUUGAUAGUUUUAUCAGCCAAAAAUAUAUAACUAGUCGUUUCUUAUCAGGUGUCAUUCGGACUUAAUUGAUUGACACUACUAACCUGUCAUAUAUGUGUAAGACCAAGUGAUGCUCAAGGAAUGUAAAAAGAUUAAAGUAGUAUGGCGUAGUAUAUUUAACCAAAAUAAACCUUUAUAAUCCAAGUGUGAAAUGAAGAUGGCAUUUAAUGCUUUCUUCAAAGCAACAAUUAAUAUUAAAGAUAUUAGAAAAAUUGGCUGUAAAUCAAGUUUAUACCAAGUUUAUUUACUGGUUUAGACUUCCGGAAAGCGUCGCUUGAGAUUGGUAAUCUAGCAUUCGGAAAUGUUAAGUAAUGAAACAGCAGUUUGUAAGAAAACGGUUUGUAGAACUUUCUCGGCUAGAUUGUCUCAUUUAAAAGGUGACUCAUCAACAUAAGUUUGUUGUUUUUCAAGUUGCGAGUAUUCUACUUUUUCAGAUUCUCAGGUCAUAGACUUUAAAAGGAUG